CAGUUUGUCUCCGACGGAAAUUUCAUUACAUUUAGAACAAGAAGAAAUGUCGCUAGCCAGUAACUUUGUUUUAGUUUUCGCGGUAAUUGUCGGCUUGACGGCUGCUUCCGACCUGCACUGCUGUAUGAGCAAGAAAAUCUAUGGAAAAGGUUUGAUAGUGACGGCUACAUUGAAAAAUGGAAGUUCGAGCCCUGUGAUGACGCAGAACUCAUUUCUGGUGGAAAGCAAUGUGGAUAAAAAAAUGCAAGCUGUUAAUGGAUCUAUCAUAACAAUGUCUUCAGCCGGCUCGACCCAUGCCAACUACCAAGUAAUUCGAGAUUUCCAACAUAUGAAGACUUACAAUAUAGAUGGUGACAAAUGCCUGAUUACUCAAAUUGUUGGUGAAGAAAUGCCUGAUGGAUGUGUUUCUAGGGAGUUAAACUUUACCGGAAAAUAUAUGUAUGGGUCUACUGAAGUAAAUGGUUGGUAUGGCUUUGUGGGUGGUCAACACGUUACCAUGACAACAACAGUCAAUGAAUGUAUAUUUAUGUCUUCUACAAGAAUGGGCAUGAUGGCUGACGGAACUAAGAUCACAGAGACUGUGCAAUUAGUGGACGUGGUACAAUAUCAAAAUAGCUAUGAUCAAGUAUUCGAUCUACCCCAGUCUUGCAAACAGGCUGCUUCAACGGUUGGAUAAACUGGACAAAUUAUCUGUAAUUAUACAUUGUAUUGAGAAUUUCAUAUCAACAUCCGUGCAUGUAUGUGAACCAGAAUAAUUUAUCAUUUGUCAAAUUUAUAGAAUUUCUAUAUUUCUAUAUAUUGCCUGUGGCUGAAUUGGUGCGAUUAUAUACAUGUAUGCAAAUAAAAAACAUCAUCACCUCAA